CCUUGUAUGAUUUAGUCUCUGUUUCUCUUUGGCUUUCUUGUGAUGUAUGGCGUUGAUCGUUUGUGUCUUCUGUAUAUUCUUUGAAUUCGAAUAUGAUUUGUGUGGGUAACCAAGGAUGUCUCUUCUGAAUGCUUCUAUUCAUGUUUCCUCCGUCCCAAAUAUUGCUCCCUUUUAACACAUUGGCAAGCGCUGUAAGGUCUUGCUGCACAAUGUACCUCUCUCGACGCCAUAUCGCAGCCUCCGCCAUUGCCCCGUUUGGCGGUUACAACACUUGGAAGUCCGACAUGAUGGUCCAAAAAAAUCAUAUUAUCAAAGAUGGGGAGGUCUACUCCCCAAUCAAGCAAAAAGAAGUCAAAGAAAGAUAAAGUGCACAGAUGAAGGAGUAAAGAAGGAAGGUGAUCUACACCAUUUCGGAUGAGAUGGGGCGUUCCAGGUGCCGGCCAU